AAAGCUUUUUUAUUUUCAUUUUUCCCGAUUGCUUACUACAGAACAGCUUCUUCUUCUUCUUCUUCUUCUUCUUCUUCUUCUUCUUACCAGUAGAAUUGAAGCUCUCAAAAAUGGUGUUGGACGGCUUUCCGCAAGACCCAAACGACAGAGAAGAGAUCAAGCCCUGGACAAUGGUGGUGAUCCGAGACUCCGUCCCCAAAACUGAAUUCUCCGUCUUCCCUCCGAUCAACCACGAAAAUCUCCACCUUUCUUCACGCAGUAACCAUGAGAAAGAAGACCCAUUUUCACCGCCCUUCUCGUUGUCUCCUUCUUCCUCUUUGGCGUCUUCGUCCUCGUUUUCGUCGUUCUCGCCGUCGGACUCGGAUCUGUCCGACCCGGAUUCGCCGGUGGCGUCCGAAUCUCUGCUCAAGAGAAGCGGCGAGGUCGGUCGGUGGUGGGUGGGGAUUGGGCUUGAGGUGUUGAGGGCGAGGGUUCUGAGGCUUGUUUCGUCGUUUGGAGGCAACGGUGUCGUUUGGUGGAAAGCUUCGUGCUUUGCCGCCGGCGCGGGAAUUGCGGCGGCGGUGAUGCUCUGGUCGUUCUACGUUAGGGCUCGGCACCGAAAGAGGGUGAAGAAUUUGAAGGCCGUUGUGAGAGAGAAGAACGAGAAAAUCAACCAACUACUGCACCAGAUUGCUCAGCUGAAUGAAGUGCUGAUAGCCCGCCACAGAGUUCUGGCUUCAAAAGUACCCAAUUGAAAACCAUUGCGUCUCACUGAAAAGUUAGCUUAGUAGUCAAGGAAACAAUUUUUUGUAGCAGUGUAUGAGUUACUAUUACAAACUUGGAGUUGAAAGAACUAAAGGCCCGUUUCGCAAAUGUAUUUAAACCCGUGAUUCUGAUUCUGUUAUAAUUUGAAUUUAAAAAUUUCCCAUCACUAGUUCUCUCAGAAAGGUCCCGUCAAUUGAAUCAGAAUUACUAACUUGAAUGUGUGAACCG